UUCGGCGUCCUUGCGGCGCUUUGAUGACUCUCCUCUUUUUCAAAGAUGACGAGGCCAGCCGUCAUUUCUGCCUGCCUUUGGUCCGUCAGGCAGUCGGUUGGGACCUGUUGCUACCUUCGUCCUCGACCAGGGAUUAAACCCAUGCCCCCUGCAGUGGAUGCAUGGAGUCUUAACCACUGGACCGCCAGGGAAGUCCCUGUAUCAUUUUUUGAGAUUUCAUAUUUAUUUUCUGCAAUACAGUGGAUACAGUUUGUUAUGGCUACUCUGAGUGUUAUAGGUUCAAGUUCACUUAUUGCCUAUGCUGUAUUCCAGAACAUACAGAAAUCUCCAGAGAUAAGGCCACUCAUUUAUCUGAGCUUCUCUGACCUCCUCCUGGGUAUAUACUGGCUCACUGAGGCACUUCUCUAUGGAACUUCAGCAGCCAAUAAGGACAUUGUCUGCUAUAACUUGCAAGCAGUUGGACAGAUAUUCUACAUUUCCUCAUUUUUCUACACUGUCAAUUACAUCUGGUACCUGUACAAAGAGCUGAGGAUGAAACCCCACCAGAGUGGACAGAGCACAGUUCCACUGGUUAUAGGUUAUACCUGUCGAGUUAGUCAAAUAGCCAUCAUUUUGUCAAGCCUGAUACCUCUACUAUUGAUGGUACCUGUAUUCUGUUUGGGCAAUGCCAGUGAAUGUUUCCGCAACUUCAGCCAGAGCCACAGGUGUAUCCUGAUGUACUCACCACCAACAGCCAUGGCUAAAGUCCUGCCUUCUGCCAACACAUCAGUCUGUAGCACACUUUAUUUUUAUGGGCUUAUCAUUUUCCUGGCCAGCUUUCUACUCAGCCUCCUCACCAUUGUGGUCUUACUCAUUCAAGCCCAGACACUUUAUAAGAAGUUUCUGAAAUCGACUGGCUUUCUGGGGAGUGAACAGUGGGCAGUGAUUCACAUUGUGGAGCAGCGAGUACGCUUCUACCCAGUGGCCUUCUUUUGCUGCUGGGGCCCAGCUGUCAUUCUGAUGAUCAUAAAGAUGACUAAGCCACAGGACACCAAACUUCACAUGGCCCUCUAUGUUCUCCAGAUGAAGAAAUUGACACCAAAAGAGGAGAAAUUACUCAGUGAAGAACAAGCAGUAGGAAUACCAGAACAGCGUCCAAGUCCCAGUCAGCUAAGCCCCUGACACAGUACCUGUCAGAGUUAUACCAAAGGGGACAGUUUACUGAAAAUCACACCAGCGACCUGCAGCUUGAGACAGACUGCUGGAAGGCUGAAGAGGGUAGUCGCUGGAAGGCUGAAGAGGGUAGUCACUGGCAGUCAA